AGCGAAUUAAUCGUUAAUUUAUAGUUGAUCGUUUUAUAAACAGUGAAUUACAAUUUCAAGAACAAAAUUGUUUAAAUAGAAAUUUGGGGAAACUACAGUCACUUUUGUGAGAUUUGGAGUUUAAGCACAAGUAGGAGGUCUAACCGGAGACAAAUAGAAGGUCAAACUGGAGACAAAUAGGAGGUCAAACCGGAGACAAAUAGGAGGUCUAACCGGAGACAAAUAGGAGGUCAAAUUAUUAUUAAACCGAGUACACGUUGGUAAUUAGACAGACAGGCGGUCACACUGGAAAGGCCGUCAGUUGGCCAAAAAGAGCUCAGACAAGCGGUCACACCGGAAAUUUGUUGGCGGUCAAACUGGUCAGAGGCAGGAGGUCGAACAGAGCAUUGGCUGGCGGUCACACCGGUUAAAGGCGGGUGGUAACCUAGCAACACAAUGGCUGGACCCAGUGAUGUUCCUGAUAUUCAGAAAUAUUCCCUGUCAGAAGGAACCAAAUUAGCCCUGAAAUAUUCCCUGUCAGAAGGAACCAAAUUAGCCCUGAAAACACUGCAGUUUGAUAUUUGGCAAUGGGAACCCGACAAGAUAAUCUUCCUUCUAGAGGAGAUGUAUAUAGAUCUAGGACUAAUGGAAGAAUUCAAUAUUCCAGAGGAAACAAUGAAAAGGUUUUUACUGCGAGUGAAGGAUAGUUACAGAGAUGUUCCAUUUCAUAAUUUUCGACACUCCUUCUGUGUUACACAAAUGAUGUAUGUACUGAUCCAUGGUUGUAAGCUGAACACUGUAUUUACUAAACUAGACCUUAUGAUCCUGAUCACAACCUGUAUCUGUCAUGAUCUUGAUCAUCCUGGGUUUGACAACUAUUAUCAGAUAAACGCUAAAACUGAACUUGCUAAGCGCUACAAAGAUCUGUCCCCGCUAGAGAACCAUCACUGCUCGGUCAUGUUCAAUAUCCUAAGCAAUCCGGACACCAAUAUCUUCAUUAACCUCAGCCAGGACCUGUUCAUUCAAGUCAGAGCGGAAAUGAUGAUACUAAUAUUAGGAACGGAUAUGUCUCGACAUGCUGACAUUGUGGCAAACUUUAUUCAGGUUUAGACCUUUCAAACUGACUAAAUAGAUUUAGACCUCAUUAACGCACUUACACUUUUUAAAUUAUUUAAAACCCAAACAUGUACAAUAUGUACAUCCUAGAAGUAUAAAGCAAUAGAUUCACCCCCUCUGCAAUUUAAAUGAUUACAGAAAGGGAGGGGGUAUUUAGAGAUUUGAGCCAAAUUUUGUUUAUACUUAUAGGGAAU